GUCAAAGCGGCUGUCAGCGGCGAGCACGUUUUCGAAAAGUUUGUGGAAGCGGCGCGAUCGGCCUUUUGGAAAUUCCCGAUAAAACGGAGUGAAAACCGCUUCCUACGCGCAGGAAUCGUUUAGGAAACAGGACAAAAUGUUUAUCCUUUACGAAACGCCGGCAGGCUAUGCCAUUUUUAAGCUUUUGGACAGUAACAAAUUCAAAGAGAUCGACAAUCUCUAUCUUGAAUUUGAGUCACCGGAAAAGGCCAACAAAAUCGUUAAGUUGAAGCAUUUCGAGAAGUUUGCCGAUACAACAGAAGCCUUGUCUGCGGCCACAGCCGCGGUUGAGGGUAAGGUGUCGAAAUCGCUCAAAAAAGUGCUGAAGAAGCUUGUGGUGGACGAUGUACAGGAACAGCUGUUGGUGGCCGAUGCUAAGCUGGGAAAUGCUAUCAAGGACAAGUUGUCGCUGCAAUGCGUUUCCAACACAUCAGUCCAAGAGCUGAUGCGUUGCAUUCGCAGCCAAUCGGAGAAUCUACUUUCCGGACUACCUAAGAAGGAAAUGACGGCCAUGUCGCUCGGUUUGGCUCAUUCGCUGUCGCGCUACAAGCUCAAGUUCUCGCCCGACAAGAUCGAUACGAUGAUCGUGCAGGCUCAAAAUCUGCUGGAUGAUUUAGAUAAGGAGCUGAACAACUAUAUGAUGCGCGUGCGUGAAUGGUACGGAUGGCAUUUCCCCGAACUGGGAAAGAUUCUGACCGACAAUGUGGCGUACAUUAAGACGAUCAAACUCGUCGGCACGAGAGAUAACAUGGCGGAUACGGAUCUGUCCGAUAUUUUGAUGGACGAGCUGGAACAGAAAGUAAAGGAAGCUGCUGAAAUUUCUAUGGGUACGGAAAUAUCGGAUGAGGACAUUCUUAACAUCCAGAAUCUGUGCGAUGAGAUCAUAUCGAUCAACGAGUAUCGUGCUCAUUUGAGCGAGUACUUGAAGGCCCGCAUGAUGGCUAUGGCUCCAAAUCUGACCGUGCUUGUCGGAGAAACGGUCGGUGCCCGGCUGAUCGCACACUCCGGAUCGUUGGUUAAUCUCGCUAAGCAUCCGGCCUCUACAGUUCAGAUUUUGGGGUCCGAAAAGGCACUCUUCCGAGCUUUGAAAACGAAGAAAGAUACCCCGAAGUAUGGUUUGAUUUUCCAUGCCAGUUUGGUUGGCUCAGCAAGCACCAAGAACAAGGGUCGAAUUUCUCGUUCCUUGGCUGCCAAAGCUUCUCUUGCAACGCGUGUUGACGCAUUCGGAGACGAUGUUACGAUGCAGCUUGGAAUCGAUCAUCGGGCUAAGCUGGAAACACGGUUACGCAUGCUUGAGGAGGGUAACAUCACGAAGCUGUCUGGAGCAAAGGCAAAGGCAAAGCUGCAAAAGUUCCACGCGGUUAGUGAGGUGAAAACGUUCAAGGUGGCCACCGACAGUACGCUGCCAUCGACUUCGAAGAAAAUCAAACAGGAAGAUGAAGCGCCGAAUGCUCCCUCGCACAAAAAGAUCAAGGUAGAGGCCGAAACAGAGGAAGCCGCACCAUCGCCGAAAAAGAAAAAGAAGGUCAAGCAGGAGGAGUCGGCUGUAGCUGAAGAGGAGCAGCAAGAAGUAGAAGAGCAGCCAACGACCGGCGACGAGGGUUCCUCGAAGAAGAAGAAAAAGAAGAAGGUGAAGCAAGAGCAGGAGGCGGCCGAUGAGAGCGUCCUGGACGAGAGUGUGGCCGAGACUUCUGGUUCGGCAAAGAAAGCUAAAAAGGAGAAAAAGAAAAAACAAGCAGCAGAAGCGGAGGAUGAAUGAUUUGUAACCGGAAAUGGAAGAACAUCUUCCGAAGAUCCUGAAAUCCGUUGCUAUGAAACAAACUCAGCAGUGCAGUGCAGUGCUUUGGUUUCUCUGCAUACGGAAUCCAUGUUUAUACAAAAUUGCUAACUGCUUAAGCAUCCUAUUUCUCUUUUUAAGCUGUCGGCAAUCUGCACAGCAUUUUUUUUCUAAACAUGUUAAACUCUUUGAUUCAACGGAGCGGAGUGGCAGUUUACAUCCCCAACUUUUUUUUACCAUCCAAUAGAGUGCUGUAAAAUGGUUAGCUAGAUGCAGUUGUGCGAAGGAAAUUCGCAUGUUUAUAGCAGCAAGUUUUAUAUUUUCACAAUCUUUUCGUAGACAUUAAGUGGCAGUGUUAGCAUUAAGAGAAAACAAGAAAUAUAAUUAGAAUUGUAUCCAAAGUGAA